GAGCCGCGGCCACCGCGCCGCGCUCCAUGGCGGCCUCCGCGCAGCCCCCGGUGCCGCCGGCGCUGAGCGCGGAGCAGGCGAAGGCGGUGCUGGCGGAGGUGAUCAAGGCGUUCGGGGCGCCCGAGAACGCGCAGCGCAUGGAGGAGGCUCGGGACAACGCCUGCAACGACAUGGGCAAGAUGCUGCAGUUUCUUCUGCCCGUGGCCACCCAGAUCCAGCAGGACGUGAUCAAGGCCUACGGUUUCAGCAGCGACGGUGAAGGAGUCCUGAAAUUUGCCCGSCUGAUCAAGUCUUACGAGUCGCAGGACCCGGAGAUCGCCAGCAUGUCGGGCAAGCUCAAGGCCAUGUUCCUGCCGCCUAUGACGCUGCCGCCGCACGGUGCCGGCACCGGUGGAGUUGCUGCCUCCUGAGCCCGUGGAGUUCUCCCGGUGCUCCAAUUGAUGUGUUCCUUCCGAGUGCAGGUUCUGUCAGCCCUGGGAAUGGGGCACUUGAACAAGGGAGAUACUGACCUGGAAGGAAUGGGAUGCUUUGUGCCCACUUGUGUGUCUCCUCGUGAAUAAAACGUUGG